UGAUGAGACAGCAAAAGAAGAGAAAGCACCCGUGAAAGAGAAGUAUGCUGCAAAACCGAAAGCAAUCCCUUCUCUUGGAAAUAAGAAUAGAUUCCACCCCUAUUCAAAGGAGAAGAAUGCAAGCACUGGAGAGAAGAAGACUAUUAAUCGUAAUAGAGUUUUUAUUAGCAACAUCCCAUAUGACAUGAAAUGGCAAGCUAUUAAAGACCUUAUGAGAGAGAAAGUUGGUGAGGUUACAUACGUGGAGCUGUUUAAGGAUGCUGAAGGAAAAUCAAGGGGUUGUGGUGUGGUUGAAUUCAAAGAUGAAGAAUUUGUUAAGAAAGCGUUAGAAACUAUGAACAAAUAUGAUCUUAGUGGAAGACCCCUGAAUAUUAAAGAGGAUCCUGAAGGUGAACAUGCUCGUAGGGCAUUACAGCGUGGAGGAGGAGGACAGUUUCCAGGAGGACAUGGACCUGACGUGGCACCUGGAAUAAUGAAUUUACCACCUUCUAUUCUUAAUAAUCCAAACAUUCCUCCCGAGGUUAUCAGUAACUUGCAGGCAGGCAGACUUGGGUCCACUAUUUUUGUUGCUAAUCUUGACUUUAAAGUUGGCUGGAAGAAACUGAAGGAGGUAUUCAGCAUUGCUGGAACUGUGAAGCGUGCAGACAUCAAAGAAGAUAAAGAUGGCAAGAGUCGAGGAAUGGGAACGGUUACCUUUGAACAAGCAAUUGAAGCUGUUCAAGCAAUAUCUAUGUUCAAUGGGCAGUUCCUGUUUGAUAGACCCAUGCAUGUAAAAAUGGAUGACAAAUCAGUUCCUCAUGAAGAUUUCCGUGUUGCGGACAGCAAAACUUCACAAUUACCUCGUGGUCUUGGUGGCAUUGGUAUGGGACUUGGACCAGGUGGACAGCCCAUCAGUGCAACACAGUUGAGCAUGGGUGGUGGAAUGGGGAGCAUGGGUCCAGGAGGUAUGGGAAUAGACGGUCCAGGAUUUGGCAGAAUGAGUAGAAUGGGAGGCGGACUUGCUGGAUUUCGUGGAAUUGAAGGAAUGCCUAAUAUGGGAGGAUUUGGAGUCAACCGAAUGGGCGAAGUGUUCCGUGGUGGAAUGGGAGGAAACAUGGACAGAGAUUUUGGUCGUGGUGACAUGCCGUUGAACCGUGGGUUUGGAGAUUCUUUUGGAAGGAUGGGUGGUGCAAUGAUUGGUGUUUUUGCAGGAGGAAUGGGAGCACCUAGCAUGGGCCCAGUAAGAUCUGGAAUGAGUGGUGGAAUGGGUGGUAUGAACAGUAUGGCUGGAGGAAUGGGAAUGGGGAUAGAUCGGAUGAGUUCUGGUUUUGAUCGAAUGGGACCAGCUAUGGGUGGAGGCCUGGACAGGAACAUUGAUAUCGAUCGAGGAUUUGUGCCUGGCCCAAUGGGAAGUGGCAUGAGAGAGAGAUUAGGCUCCAAAGGCAACCAGAUAUUUGUGAGAAAUCUUCCUUUUGACCUGACCUGGCAGAAGCUAAAGGAGAAGUUCAGUCAAUGUGGUCAUGUAAUGUUUGCAGAAAUAAAAAUGGAGAAUGGAAAAUCAAAGGGCUGUGGAACAGUCAGAUUUGACUCGCCAGAAUCUGCUGAAAAGGCCUGUAGGAUAAUGAACGGCAUAAAAAUCAGUGGCAGAGAAAUUGAUGUACGCUUGGAUCGCAAUGCAUAAUUUAAAACUGUGUGUUCAGGAACAUUCCUAUGUCUGUUUAGCUUCUCUAUCCUAGUAAGUCAUUUUUAGUAACAUUGUAUGCUUACAAAAGCUGUAAAAAGGAACUUUUAAAUCCCACCAGCCUUUAACAGUAUAGUGUUUAAUAUACUGUGAUACUUGUUAACUGAAUCUUACAAUGUUUGGUUUUUAAAGACAAUUUGCCUGAUUUUUGUUGUUUUUUUAGAGGCACUGAGCACCUGCAGGUCCCUGCAGGCCGUGGAAGCUUUGGAUGCUCAGUGCCUUUGGAAAAUUAGGCCAAGUGUCUCUAGUCAUUCAGUUUAAAUGAAUGGUUAUACUGUUUUUAAUAAAAUAAGCCAUUUUCUCUGUUAAUCUCAAGCUUGCAUAGUGGGAUUUGUUUAGUGUUUUCUGAUUUUUAUUUUUCCCCCCUUCAGUGUGUUUCAACAUUGUAAUGUAAAAACUAGAUGUUUUUUUUUCAGAAUUUUGGUUUUACGUGUGUGUUGUAGUCAUACUGUAAUUCUUGACUCUAAAGGGCUCCAAUUAGGCUGUGAUGUUUUUGUUCUACUUAAAUUACUUUAAUGACAUGACUUGGUUCUGUAAAUAAGAUUUAGAGCCCAAUGGGAGUUUUGAAUUUUUUUUUUUUAUUUUGACUAAAUGAAGAAACUGAUCUUUCUCUCCUCCUUUUAUUUUUUCUAUCAGUAUAAUCACUGAUUAAAACUAGUUACCACAGACCCUUGUAGGAUUGUUUCCUAUGAUGCCGAGUUCAUAUAAAAUUGAUAAUACAGUAAAUACUAAGUACAAUACAAGACAAAUUGUUCCCAAUUUUUUAUCUAUUUUCCAGCCAUUGAGGUGAACUGCUAGAAAAAUAAAAACAACAGAACAGAUAAGAGAAAUGGCUGUGUAUGUCAAACCACUGCUGUUCACUUCUAUGGGUCCUGACGUAUUUAUGAAGGCAGUUUUUAUAAACCAGGGUAUUCCCAAACAGAGCAUAUCAAAUACAUUGGAUCCUACGAUGUUAGACAUAGCCAUAUCUCCAUUUCCUGUAAAAGAAGAAAUACAAAUAAGUCUGCUUAAUUAUAUUGUAUGAAAUUGCCAAACUGUUUUGGAGGAACAGACUGUCAGCCCUCCGUUCUCACAGAGCACCCUUUUCAGACUUCUUAUUGAAAGAACUAUAGUCAUGAUUCUACAGAACAUGGUUUUGGAUAUCACAAACAUUAAAAAAAAAAAAGUCUCCCCAAAUCACCAGCAUCUGCACAGUUGCACUUAAGCUAGGCAGGCUAUUAUAAAAUCCAGUCAUGCUUAAAAUAUGAAGACCUACAGUUGUGUUUUGCAGUAAAACUGUAACACCUGAUCAACAACAAAUCAAACCUAUCUAGAAUAAUUCUCUGAGAUACUCUGAGAGGUUUUUAAGUGUCUGAGCCACAGCUUCUUCAGGUAAGCUUUUUAUUUAUUAUUAGUAAACUUAAGCUUUAGAAUCUGGAGCAAAAGUUUUGAAGUUACUCCUUGAAUUUCUGGAAAUGUUGACUAGAAUUAUUUUUUUUCAUAGUACCUUUUAAACACAUCCAUUGGAAUGAGCCUGAAUACUAAAAUCUUUACCUUUUCGAGCCACCAGCACGCUUGCAACUGUAUCUGGUAGGCUUGUUCCUGCUGCUAGUAAUGUGAGACCCAUUACUGACUCUGGGAUUCCCAGUGUUUCACCUGCAGUUGAUAAACAAUGUUAGAAAAUGCAAGUAUGUUUUUAUUUUAAGUUUCAUACAAAGAAACUGCUUUGGACUUAGUUUGCUGGAGAAAGGAUUAGUAAUCAUACAGUAAUUUCAAAAGGAAUCUGUCAGCUAACUUGACUAAAUAUGAAGUGACUGAACUAUGAAGUAGUUAUAAACAAGAACAA